AUGGACAAGUUCUUGCUGCUGGCAGUAGGUACUGAGGGAGUUAAGCUCUGGAACCUCAAAACUCAGAAGGAGCUGACUUUGGUGACCCACUUGGAGUCCCAUGGCAUUAUAAGUUGUGCUAUUUGGAUGAAAGUGAAGCAAGCACCUGCUGAAACUCUGUGCUAUGGCACUGGUAUGGGAUACCUCAUAUUCAUGAGAUCCAACACUCUUGAUAAGCACUUUCAGGAGAUUUGUGCCAGGCAGUUAGGCUCAGGAUCUGAAAUUACCUGUGUUGCAUGGGAUAUAACCCAAGAUGAUAUUGUUCAGGUUCUUUCACUGAGUAUGAGCUCACAGCUUCAGCUGGUGUUUGCAGUUCAUCUUGAUAGUGCUGUUCCAAAGUCUAUUGCCUUUGGCAAGAAUGGAAGCAUCUAUGUCUUGGCUUGUGUGAUGGAAAUGUUGUCAAGAUGGAUGGAAAUGAUGGAAAAGUGA